GUGACGUCAUCAUUUGGGCUUCUUGCAGAAUACUACUAGUCCGGUUGCAGAUCAUUGCAGUUGAGGAAGCUUAGUAUCAGCAUGGUGCUCGAUUUGGACCAAUUUAGAGCCGAUAAAGGCGGUGAUCCUGAAGUAAUCAGAGAGACGCAAAGGAAAAGGUUCAAAGACGUGUCACUUGUGGAUAAACUGGUACACGCAGACACAGAAUGGAGAAAAUGUCGUUUUACUGCCGACAACCUCAACAAGGCGAAGAAUUUAUGCAGCAAAACCGUUGGAGAGAAAAUGAAGAAGAAAGAGCCAAUUGGGGAGGAUGAUUCUCUCCCAGGAGACGCCCAGAACUUGGAGGCCCUAACAGCAGACACACUAGCGCCCCUCACGGUCACCCAGAUCAAGAAGGUCCGUCUGCUUGUGGAUGAGGCCGUGCAGAAAUCUGACAGUGAGAGGGUAAAGCUGGAGGAGGAGCGCUUUCAAUACCUGCGGGAGAUCGGAAACCUCUUGCAUCCGUCUGUGCCCAUAAGUAAUGAUGAGGAUGCUGAUAACAAAGUGGAGCGCACUUGGGGAGACUGUACUGUGCAGAAGAAGUAUUCCCACGUGGACCUGGUAGUCAUGAUCGAUGGCUACGACGGAGAGAAAGGAGCUAUAGUGGCAGGGAGCCGUGGCUACUUCCUCAAGGGGCCACUAGUUUUCCUGGAGCAGGCAUUGAUCAACUAUGCUCUGCGGAUGCUCCACAGCAAGAGCUACCAAAUGCUCUACACCCCCUUCUUCAUGAGGAAAGAAGUCAUGCAGGAGGUGGCCCAGCUCAGCCAGUUUGAUGAUGAACUUUACAAGGUGAUUGGGAAGAGCAGUGAGAAGUCUGAGGACACGGCCAUUGACGAGAAGUAUCUGAUUGCUACCUCGGAGCAGCCUAUUGCAGCCUUCUUGAGAGACGAGUGGCUGAAGCCAGAGGAGCUGCCCAUUCGCUACGCCGGCCUCUCCACCUGCUUCAGACAGGAAGUGGGCUCCCACGGCCGUGACACCCGAGGCAUCUUCCGGGUGCACCAGUUUGAGAAGAUUGAGCAGUUUGUAUUUGCCUCUCCUCAUGACAACAAGUCCUGGGAGAUGAUGGAUGAGAUGAUUGGAACUGCUGAGGAGUUCUACCAGACACUAGGGAUCCCCUACCGCAUCGUUAACAUAGUGUCAGGUGCUCUGAACCAUGCAGCCAGUAAGAAGCUGGACUUGGAGGCCUGGUUCCCAGGGUCCGCAGCCUUCAGAGAGCUGGUCUCCUGCUCCAACUGUCUAGACUACCAGGCUCGUCGGCUGCGUAUCCGCUACGGACAGACCAAAAAGAUGAUGGACAAGGCCGACUAUGUGCAUAUGCUCAACGCGACCAUGUGUGCCACCACACGUGUAAUGUGUGCUAUCCUGGAGACGUACCAGACGGAAGACGGUAUCAUUAUUCCAGAGGUACUCCGGAACUUCAUGCCUCCAGGUAUGACAGAGAUGCUGAAGUUUGUAAAGCCUGCCCCUAUUGAUGUGGAGAUGUCCAAGAAGCAGAAGAAACAGCAGGAUGGAGGGAAGAAGAAGCAGGGAAGUGGAGACCAGCUCCAGAACCAAGUGGAGAACAUGUCUGUCAACGAUUCCUAGACCCCAUCAUCCCCAUUCUUACACUCCCUUCACUCUCACCACAUCUGAAAAUGGACUCCUCCAUCCUAUCACCAAUACAUCUAUCUCAUUGUGCUCUGGGUCUAGUGACCAGUCUCCUCUCCCAGAGAAAAGGUUCAGCCUAAAACAGACAGUUAUCAUGACCCCUUUUCUACUGUAUGAACAGAAUACAUACUGAAAGGUUAAUUAUGAAAGGGAAAGGCCAAAGUAUUGCUAGUUAGUGGGAAAGGGGCUGUUAACAGUUUUGGGGCAAUAGUAAUGUUAGGUCUGCUGCUUGCAAUUAUCGUAACUGUGUAAGAUCCAAACAAUAUCAAGUCUGAAUUCUGUGAAAUUUCGUUUGAGGCUCGUUAUUUCAAAAUGUUUUCAAAGUAAGGUGACGUGAACAAUCAAUCAACGUCUUGAGUCGGGCACAGCGGUGUGUGUGUGUGUGUAGGAUGCUUUUAGUUAUACAGUUGCUUUGAAGUUCUUAACUACAUUUUAAUUGUCUGAAUGAAUAUCACCAUAAAUCACAACUAUCCUCUGUAAAUUCAGAAGGGCUGGGGUCAUGAGACAUCUGGACUCUCUUGUUUGGGCUUUUUGUGACACUGCUCUCCCCAAACUCAAUAGGAGUUUUCCAACAUUGUUGCUUGAGAUCAUUUGCUUCUAGUGCUUGUCAGGAUAAUACGAUGUCUAUGUACUCGUGUAAGACGAGGCAUUGAUGAAGUGGCACCACUCUAACAAUAAAUAAUAUGAAAAAUGA